UUGUUUGUAAACACAAAUUGUUUGUCGCACAAAUUGGAAAAUAUGCCGAAAAAAAGUUUUAGAGAAAAAUUAACUGACGCUUUAAUUGAUGAAGCUGCUGAAGAAAUUAUGGACAUUGAAGAAAUCGAAAGUGAUGAUGACGCAGUGGAUGCAGUGUUAGAUGAAUUGGCUGACAAUAUAUCUGUUAUUAUGGAAUGUCGGCGAGGAGAUUAUAGCACAAUACCUAAGUCAGACAUUUGGCGCAAUAAUAUUUUGACAACACUGGACGAAGACCGAUUCCGCCAAAUGUUAAGAGUAGAUAGAGACCAAUAUAAUAUGCUGGUUGAUUUAAUAAAAAACGAUGAGGAAUUCAACAAAGCGCACUCAUGUAAGCAAUUUUCUGUCGAAUUGCAAUUAGCAAUCACACUGUUUCGUUUGGGUUCGUCGGGAGAAAGCGCAGCAUUUAGAAAAAUAGCGACAAUUUUUGGAGUGGGAGAUGGCGAAACUAUAUCGCUAAUAACAAAAAGAAUCUUUAGAGUGUUCUUGCGUCACCAAUCUAAGUAUAUAUAUUGGCCCAAUGAGGUUGAACGAUCGAAAAUAGUAUCGGAUACCUUUGAUGAGUUACCGUUUUGUAUUGGAUAUAUUGAUGGAACCGAGAUUAAAUUAGCAGAAUCGCCAAUUGAAGACCAUACAUCAUACUUCUCCAGAAAUCACAUAUAUUCAAUAAAAGCACAAAUAGUUUGGACUACAAACGAGUAA